GAGCCCACAUGCAAUGGAUGACUUACAGAAAAUACAACACAGCCUAACGACGCACGCAUUCAGGCGGUGAGGGUGCUGGACGGGAUGUGGGUGUGGAAAACCUGAGAGAGAAACUGAAGUGGAAGGACGAGUGAGAGAAUAGCACUAUGCAGGUGACAACACAACAGAAACUACACUUUAAAAAACUUCUACCUCUAAUGGAAAUGUGUCUGCUUGUGGUUUUAUCUGCCGAAAACAAUGACGACUGAGAGGAAGGACUGGAAUUUACUCUACAGCUCUAAACAAAUACGGAAAGCUAAAGAGGAAACUAUACGUUUGUAGUUCCUACAACACUUAGUUUGACACCUCAGCGGUCUCACAUAGGUGGCCAGGAUGACGACAAACUACACGGACAUUAGUCCCUGUAAUCCAGAUGACAGGCUCUGUAUAACACGAGAAUAUCAGCUUGGAGUGAUUGUCGUCCCUGCGUUGUUGGUCUCGCUCACCGUGCUCAUAUUAUUCAUAAUUUUUAUAUUACUGUGCUGUAAUCAGAGAGAGCGGACACGAGUCAGAACUCCUACUCAAUACCACACUCACCAGCACACCACAAACGAGACACACACACAGCGAAACCAUAACCACAACAACAACCGUCACCCCCACCACAGACAUCACCUACAGGGAAUAGAUGCACCCCCAGGGAUUGACCCUCUUGAACACGAAGAAGUGCCAAUGAGAGUUCAAAACACACAUCACCAUCUGAAGCCACAACAUGAAUCCCCGGAGAGGCAUGGGACUGCAGCACCACAUAGAACUAGAGACAGACAUGCAACUGCAACAAGACAUCGCUCUCCAGAGAGACAUGCGACAAGACAUCGCUCUCCAGAGAGACAUGCGACAAGACAUCGCUCUCCAGAGAGACAUGCGACAAGACAUCGCUCUCCAGAGAGACAUGCGACAAGACAUCGCUCUCCAGAGAGACAUGCGACAAGACAUCGCUCUCCAGAGAGACAUGCGACAAGACAUCGCUCUCCAGAAAGACAUGCGACAAGACGUCGCUCUCCAGAGAGACAUUCGGAUGCAGAACCACAAUCACCCACAAGGAGGCCUCUUGGAAACUUUAGUCAUGUCACUGCAUUGACGCCAUCUUUCUAUACCAAACCCAGUGACACAGUAAGCCUCUACAGAGCUCGCAUGGACAACAAGGAUGUCAUCUUGAGAGCACUAAAAGAAAAUGCGAGUACCCGUGAGAAACAACACUUUCUGGGGUUUGCAUCCUUCCUGGGAGGACUGGGCCCUCACCCUUUUAUUCCUGCUCUACUGGGCGUGGUUUCUGUACGGUCGCCGUUAGUGAUAGUGGUGGAGGAGCUGAGGCACAGAGACCUACUGGGGUUCCUGUGGAAGUGCAGAGAGGAUAAUGCAAGUCAUGAAAUGACAGAAAAGAGGAUCUUCACCAUGGCAGGACAAGUGGCCUCUGCCCUGGAUUACCUGCACAGUCAGGGAUCUAUCCACGGGAACAUCAGAGCUCGCAGUGUUCUGGUUGGUGGUGACAUGACGGCCAAGCUGUGGGGAUUGGGCUCAGCUUACCACAGAACAAAGAUCGACACUGCUGGGCUGGUGGAGGAAAUGGAGCUGAAGAAAUGGCAGGCACCUGAAGUUCUGGCCAGGAGAACGGCCAGUAACAGCAGCGACGUAUGGUCCUUUGGUAUCCUCCUUUAUGAAAUGGUCACAUUAGGGGACCCACCUUUUGCUCACAUCAUGUCGACUGAACUUCUGCAGUAUCUCCAAAGAAGAAAAACUGUGAAACGGCCAACCAACUGCUCCAACACACUGUACUCCAUGAUGAAAUCAUGCUGCAGCUGGAGCCCCCAAGGGCGUCCCUCGGUUGCCAGACUGAUUAGGAUGCUUCAUGAAGGAGAGCAAUCGGCAAAUGGGAGCACAGCUCUGAGGGUGCCUGAGCCACUGAACAUGGAAAGAUACAUGAGGGAGGCAGGAUACGGAGAGGCGUUCAACUACGCCGUGUUCUGAUUGGCUGGGACUGCUGUGACAAAGGACUCUGUUGGAGCCAUUAUUCACAGUCCAGCGAAACAAAUUCCUUAAAGUACCAAGUACUGCUGCAGGAGUACAAAAAGCGAGGGGAAUUAAAUAUGCCAAUUACAUCAUUUGUUUAGAAAACAUGUUUUUAUAUUUAUAAGUAGUUUUGGAAUACAAAAUAUAAAGCACAACCAUGAAGUAUGUCUUAGGUAACUUAUUCUUUUGUAAAUGUGUAUACAUUUUGGUAAAUAAUACCUUGGUUGUCUUGGACUUAAUAAACAAAACACUUAAAACAUAUUUAACUUAU